UUUGAAGAGCUCAAGAAAACUUCAUCAUGAAACCUGGCAGGAGACAGCUUCUAGGUUUGGUCUUGGCCAUUUUCGGAGUCCUGGGGAGCAUCAUCAGCUGUGCUCUCCCCACAUGGAGAUCCCCUGAGUGGAGGAAAUCAGAGGGUUUGUGGAAGUCCUGUAACUUUGAUUAUAGUUACUAUCCACGACCAACAACAGACUGCAAAUCUUAUGAUUCUCUGCUGGCCUUACCUCAAGACCUGCAGGCUGCCAGAGUGCUCAUCGUCUUCGCCAUCAUUGUCGGGAUCUUUGGAGUCAUAGUUGGUGUUGUCGGGGGCAACUGCACCAACUUGGUGUCAAAUAAGAAGAAAAAUAGCAAAGUGGCUAUAGCUUCUGGAAUUAUCUUCAUCAUAUCAGGUGUCCUGGUGAUCAUUCCAAUCUGCUGGAGCACCAUCACAACUCUCACCAUGGCGAGAACAUCUUACUACGGACCUCCAUUGAUGGGAGCCUCACUCUACAUCGGCUGGGCAUCUGCAGGGCUGCUGUUACUGGGAGGAAGCCUCCUCUGCUUCUUUUGUUCACGCAGUAAUGAGAAUGGCUUUAAAGUUGAAUACUCCAAACCUAGCUCUGUGUAAAAAUAUAUAAAUACUUCUAUAAACUAAAUAAAUUUAAAUGUAUACAGUCUCUAGGGAUCAAGAGAAAUG